GGGCUAUCAUGGUCCGGACAGGUCCACUUCCCCCGGAAAGUGCCUGGGCUGUCCAGUGUGAGUGAGGGUCCCUCGCCCUCGGGCCCCUGGAGAAUAGUGGGGCAGCCGAUCCCAGCUGUCCACGGCCCGAUCCAGUGUCUCCGGGCGAUAAGAGGCCUCUCAUACUCAACCCUUGAUCGCAACCCUAAAAGACGACGACAAGAUAAACAUGGAUUGUUUCGCAGUGCUAACUUCAACAGGCUCCCUAAUAUCGAGACUGACCCUCUAGACUUACAGAAAGCCUCGGUUCCGGUAGCGGCUUGGUAGUACUUCACUCUGAGGAGAGAAGAAGCAACUGCAAAAUACCGGGGGUUUUGUUGGUACGGUAUACGACCAAGUCCACGCAAACAUGGCAUCUGGAUUUUCUUUCGGUUUUGCGGGAGACGACAUCGAGGACGACGGGCAAUCAACCUCUCAGGUCAACAGCAUAGCCACUCCGACACCGCCAGCGGCGACAAGUGCCAGUGCUUUCCCCGUUCAGGGAAAGCCACUGCUGCCACCAACCCACCAUGAUAUCGAUCACAUGCUAUCGAGGUUGCCGUCCAAAAUCGCCUACAGCCUACUAGACGUGGAGCUAGAAGAGCGCAAGGUCAUUCAGAUCCCGCGUCGAGAGCUGUGGGAUGUUCGGGUGCAGCUCAUGGCUGAGGACGAUGGCUCAAAUAUCUCCGAGACGGAACCCGGCUUGGGGGAACACGAUGUCAAGACGGGUAUCUACGAGGGUGGCUUCAAGAGCUGGGAAAGCAGCGUCGACUUGGUCAAGGUGCUCGCCUCCGAAAACGCUCCCACGGUCCUCAAUCGCGAUCCUUGUGUGCUUAUGGAGCUGGGCUGCGGUACUGCCCUGCCGUCCCUCGCGCUCUUUCACUGGGCAAUGAACGAGAGAAAGUCUGGCGAGAAGCAGCCGCUCACGCUCGUACUGGCUGACUAUAACCCAUCAGUUCUCUAUCUGGUCACCCUGCCCAACUUUAUCCUCGCUUGGGCGCUCUCUCAGCGAGAGAGCACUUCUGCUCUAGCGGACGCCUUUUCGCUAGAGGACGAAGUCGAACUGCUUCCCGGAGUAGUCGAAGCCUUCAAAGAGUUCCUGACCUCCAAUCAAAUCACGCUUUCUUUCCUGUCGGGUGGAUGGUCCCCCGAGUUUGUCGACCUUCUUUAUAACUCUGGUAUUCCCUCAAACCCUACAGGAAAUGUCCAGACACUGGUCAUUGGCGCAGAGACCAUCUACUCGCCUUUCGCCCUCGAGAGCUUUGCGGCCACGCUGCUUUUGAUCCUGGAGCGAGAGCGCAACGAGCGUCCAAGUGGCCAUGCUUCCUCUAUUGUGGGCGCCAAGAAGAUGUACUUUGGCGUCGGAGGAUCGUUAGACGACUUUGUCUUACGGAUGAGAGGUCUCGGUGCUUCGGUUGAGCCUCUGCGCGAGGAGGCUGAGGGUGUCCGGCGCGGAGUUGUCCGGUGUUAUCUCUCCUGAGGGUUGGCUUAGGAUAACGCCAUCUGGUUGAAGAUUCCCGUCACACAUUAUCCCCACACAGUCAAGCGCAUCGAUGCCUUGUUCUGAUAGGGCUCCAACAGUUCUGCAUGUCCCAACAAUUAACUGACUCCUUCAUGCAGCACAACGCUGGGUUUCAUCGACUCAAGUUCCACGAGUACGGAUGUACGGUCUCCUAGUUAUGUUUCGGUCCACCCACGUACCUGUCAAACAUGCGGCGACAUGGGCAACCCCGUCUGUAAGCAGUGUGACGCUAUUACAGUUACUCGGGCCUCGAUUCGCGAAACAGAGCCAUGCCCACGAGACUCUAUCUGGCUGUUUACAACAUCUGUGCGAACAAGUUGAAAGUCAAGCGAAUGGCGAGCAGAUGUGCCGGAAUUCCGCAUGAGUGGGUGUAACGUCACUCAUCAUUGGAGCCAUCGGAGCCUUGAUGACAACCGUAAACGAUGUCCAAUGGUCUCUUAUUAUGCCAUUCGCCAUUGCUGCACCCAAAAGAGAUCGGAGCUCAUGAGGCUGACUGUAGUCAAGCUCCGUUAGCCGCUGCGACGACAUAGUCGGUCUUGAUAUCACAAUGAAAUCGUUUCCCACCAAGUCCCCACCUUUCGCUACAGCCCGUUUACACCCGUUGACAACAGCAAUCUAUGACGGAAGAAGAUGAGUUGCUUCGAUGGCACACGAUAAUGGUAUACUACUUUCGGGUCAAGCAUGCCAUGCUCGCAGUCCAGUCUGAAACCGCCUCCCGAUGCCUUUGGACCCAAAGACUACGGAUGCUAUGCGGCGGAUGCAUCAUUUACAAGAUGUGGCAGUGCCGCCAAGACUAUCAGACAUUCGCCCCAGCAAUUGGAGUCUCUCAUCAUCAGUGCAAACGCCCAUCGAGCUCUGACCGAAGACCAAUCUUUAUGGAAACAAAGGGGCUGAAUACCCGGGCUGCCGGAUAUGUGAGUGGCCAAUCCAUAAGCAAUCAAGCUCGAGUGACACAAGAAGCCACCCAUUGCUCGCCCAAUCAUGCACUUGAGCCUAUGAUGGCGGUUGUUUGCGACCUUAUAUAUGCACAGUUUUCUCUUUACCAGACAUCAUGGUAGGGCUAUGCGCGCGCCCCUACUUAAUCACCUGGAAUGGGAUUCCAAUGAAGCGCUUAAGUGUUGCCGAUUGCCCAGACCUUUUCG